GCGAGAUGACGCGCGGCGCGCUCCCGCGGCACAGGGUCUGAUUUAAACGCGUUCGCUCGCGUCACUUCACUUCAGAACUGGAGUGACACUCGGUUUAUUCGUCUGAACUUGAUCUGCUCAGCUGUUUCACGAUGUUUGAGUGUAUCAUGUGAAACUGGUCAGUCGGGUACGUGGAAAUGCUCGGACCAUUUCACACGACCCCUGACCUUUACUGCCCGACUCUUUCGCGAGACGCCGAGCCCUGGAUGCUGUAAGCAUGGAUGUUCACAUGCACAAGAGCCGGACACUUCACUACGGCCUAAACGACAGUCCUGAUGAUGAUCUGCGGUUCCUCAGUCUGGAGGAGCGGGAGUGUAUUUUGUUCUUCGAGGAGACCAUCGGCUCCCUGGAGGAGGACGAUGAGAGGACGGGAAUAUCCGCAGGCGAGCACAGGCUUGCGGCGGAGCGUCCAGCCGCAUACACUACAGCUCGACAUCCCAGCCCUGUAGAUCUUGACAUCAUUGACCUGGUGCACCCUAUGCCCGAUCCCAGCAAACAGAGGGACACGCUGCCCGUCAUGCCAGAUUUCCAAGAGCUGACUGUACCCCCAGAGACCCAUUUUGAACUGAAGCCAAAACGUGACCUGGACGUCCCAGAUGGGCCGCAAGAGGAAUUUGGACACCUGCCGCCCGCAGGUUCAGUUCCCACUCCGGUUGUAAUCGCCAGCAAGAUCGCCGAGCACCAGGGAGCCAGAGGCAUGUCUGCGUCGCAGCUGCUCCAGCGCAGAUGCAGUCUAGAGUUACCGACGAACCCCUCGGCCAAACACGGCCCUCCGACCCACACCAAACCCACGCGUCUCCCCGACAGCGUCGGCAUGUUGCGGAGCAGCCGCGAACACAUUCCCCACUCGAUCGCCACCGAAGCCGUCAGCGUUCAGGAGCGCCGGGCGCAGAUGCUCACUAACCUCACCGGCCCGGCGCACCCUAUGGACGGCGGAGAACCAGCCUGUGUGCGCAACCUUCCCAUGCGGAGCAUUUCGUUUCGAGAUCCGACACCAGAUAAGUCUAGGAUGGAGGCGCUUUCGAAGCUCGGACUCGCUCAGAGGCGAGCGCAAUCCGUCAUGCAAUCAUUUCCGAGGGAUUCGGAAAACGCCAAGACCAGCACCACAGUCAACAUGACCAAUCCAGCUAACACUAGCACUAGCACUAGCACUAGCAGCACCGUCCGCGCGAUAGACACUACAAACCACUGCCAAACCAAAUCUAGCCCUGCACCAACUUUGACGAGUGCCGAAGUCACGCACAGUGAUUUUAACGGCUAUGGCGGUAAGAGCAUCACAUUAAACCCCACGAUGUCCUUCAGGAGCGAGUGCCUCUCAUCUUCAGCGCCCAAAACAGAGUCUUCGGAGAUUCAUAGAAACAACUACGGUGGCAGAUCGCGAGUCAUGACUCCAUCCCAGCCAAACCAUCGCACCCAAACCAAGACCAUCACCCCAGUAAAAGAGGAAAACUCCAGCUCAAACAGGACUUCAAAUGAAAACUUACCCAAGAGGAAAACGUGGCACUCCGAAGCGCCCGUGAAGCAGCCGCCCGCUCCGGCUCCAAAACCACCGCGCCACCAAAGUCCGCUGAGUCCCACCGGGUCGCGCCCCGCUCCGCUGUCCCCGGAGUUACGCCGCAAAUCUUUGCCAAAGCCGUCCUUCCGCACUCAGGGAGUAACGGUGCAGUUUUCUGGCCGAGGAACCACAGAUGAGGCCAGACGUGAUGCACUACGCAAACUAGGACUGCUGAGGAACACGUCUCAAAUGUGACCCUGGACCACAAAACCAGUCAUAAGGGUCAAUUUUUGGAAAUUGAGAUUUAUACAUCAUCGGAAAGCUGAAUAAAUAAUCAUUGAUGUAUGGUUUGUUAUGAUCGGACAAUAUUUGGCGGAGAUACAACUCAAAAAAAUCAAAAUAUUGAGAAAAUCUCCUUUAAAGUUGUCCAAAUGAAGUUCUUAGCAAUGCAUAUUACUAAUCAAAAAUUAAGUUUUGAUAUAUUUACAGUAGGAAAUUUACAAAAUAUCUUCAUGCAACAUUAUCUUAACUUAAUAUCCUAAUGAUUUUUUUUUUUUUUGAUCGAUACGAUGUAUUUUUGGCUAUUGCUACAAAUAUAACCGUGCAAUUUAAGACUGGUUUUGCUCUCCAGGGUCACGAAUGUUCACUAACCCUAACUAAUGAUGUGUAGUACAGAAACAACUUAUAAGCUAUCAUUUAACCAGUGCUGGGUAGAUUACUUAGAAAUUGUAGUUUGCUACUAAGUUACAUGGAAAAAAAAAAUUGUAGUUAGUAAUCUGUUAGAUUACAUAUUUUAUGUAAUGUAAUCGGAUUACUCUUUGAUUACUUUUAGAUUACUAGAUGACCUAACUUUUACAUAGGAUAAUUUUAUACCAUAUUGAUGUAAAAACACAAAUAGAAUAAGUCUCAUUACAUAAAUUGUACACAGAUAAACACUACAUUAGGGUUUCCAAAACUGAGGUUUGUGAAGAAACUGUUAAAUAAACCAAUAGUUUUAAAAUAAAAACACUUGUGACCAUUAACCAACAUCAGAGAACGUGAACAUGCAAAUGUGUUCCUUAUUGACUUAAUCCACCUAAAAUCUCAGGGAGACUUAUUAAUAUAUUAAAAUAUAUUAAGUCAGAGUUUGACAAAAAAAAACAAAGCACUAAAAAGGUUAAAUGACUCACUGAGUGAUUAUUUAAAUAAUAAUUAAUAUAUCAGGAGGUGAUUAGACAUGCAAUAUUGAGAAAACGCUUCUUAAAAGUGAAAUGAUGUCUGUAAAUAGUGGAUUAUUAAGGAGAAUUAAUAAAUUAUGAAUAGUUUACUGCCAUUUUGUGAAUAUUUAAUCUAUACUAAAGUGACUGUAGUCUGAGUAUUUUAAAACAAUAUAAAGUAUUUAAUUUUUAAUACAGAUGUAAAGAUAAUCAGUUACUACCCAGCACUGAUUUCAAUCAAUCGUGUAUAUAGGCACAAAAAAUAUUGGCAUUACUUUGUUUAAGAUUUCCAGAAGGUCAGAGCAGGAUUUAUGAUCAUCUUCUUGAUUGAGUUUCAAACGCGAGUUUGAAGAAAAAGUCACAACUAACACUCACACAUCUUGUUUGGUGUCAGCUGUGUAUUAUUAUUAUUUUUUUUUGUCUGUUUAGAAAUUAUAGAUCAAAAUAAUCAAAUCUUUAAAUAACCCAAGCAGUUCUUAUAUCUCUGAAAACAUAUAACUUAAUUUUAAACGUUGUUGUGCAUGCUGUCUCUGGAAGCACACAGCCUGGUUGCAGCCAUCUUUGUUUAAUGGGCACAUGGUUCCAGAACUGAGCCAAUCACUUGAGUCUUGAUUGUCAUGUGACUGAUGACUCCUCCCCCUAAUGCUUCAGAGUGCGAGUCACUGCGGUUAUGCUUCUAAUUCCUAUAUUUUUGCUACAUUUAAUAAUACAAAAAGCAAACUUCAAAAACCAAUUACCUAAUUAACUUAUUUGAUUUUUUUAUUUUUGGGAUUUUUAUGGGGGUUUUUCCUUUCUUUUUUUAAAGUUUGAUUUUUACUGUUUUAUUUUGACUUGGUUAGUUUUUGGAUUUUUACUGUUUUAUUUUACUGAUUUUGUUUUCUAUUUUUCCUUUGUUUCUUUUUUACUUUCACUUUCAUUUUGUUUGCUGUUCCAUUUUUACUUUUGCUUUUGCUGUGUUUUUUUCACUUUCACUUUCACUUUUUUGUGUCUGAUGUUAUAUCUGAAGAACCCAGACUGUACGCAAGCAAUACCUCAAGGGUCUUCCUAGAGAAAUAUCUUACAUGUCUUCUCUUAUGUUUAUUUCAGCAGGUUAGUUUGUAUGAUAAUGUAUUUUUAUUCUCUGGAUGUUGAAUUGUGGGUUUGGACGGUGGUUGUUAGGUGGAGAUCUUUCUCUUCUUUCUCUCCCAGCAUGCCCCAGCCUUCAAACAUGCAGAAGGUCUUGUAAAUGUAUGUUUAGUUCCUCCCACACUAAACCACAGCCAUCCAAAUCUAGAUCUGGAACAUGUUGUUAGUCACAUGGGACUGAAAUCACCACCAAUCACAUGCUGUUGUUUGUUUUACCUGUAGUGUGUGUAAUAUGGAUUCCAGUGUGAAUGAGCAUGAGUGUUAGUUUAUGUAUGCGUUUGAAUUUUUUAUUUUUUUUUGCGACUCCGGUUUUUUGCUUUCAUUGAAGCAGUUAUUGAAGGAUACAGAAUGCAUGAUUGUGUGAACAUGUGACACUAUAUAAACACACACACACGAAACAAAACAGCUUAUUUCCACCUCUGUGUAAACUUAUAUUUUCUUGCAUUGGUGAAGAUCUUUAAUUUUCACUGAUCGUUUCUGAAUAAAUUCAAUGAAACU